UGACGUCACCACUAACCCCUCCCCUCGGGCCUUGCCUUGGCCUGGAGUGGUUGGAGGGAGACCCCGUGGACCACACUGAGCACUCACACGCAGACUAACUGAGAGAAUCAGCUGUUGCUGGCUACGCCGACAUCGCUGCUAUCUGCUAGCACUCCGUAAGCACUGUGCAGUCAUGACCUGUCUUGCAACGAAGGCCAAGCUGGCCGAGCAGGCUGAGCGAUAUGAUGAUAUGGCUGCUAUAAUGAAGAAGGUUGCAGUGGAAAGUCAAGAAGAGCUGAGUGAUGAUGCCCGUAAUCUGCUGUCAGUGGCCUACAAGAAUGUGGUGGGUGCUCGACGCUCCUCGUGGCGUGUGGUGUCCAGCAUCGAGGAUAAAAACCCAGAAAACGAAAGGAAGGCGCUCAUUGUCGAAGAGUACAAGAAAAAGAUUGAGUGCGAGCUGAAAGAAAUCUGCGAGGACGUGUUGAAUCUCUUGGACAAUCAUCUCAUUAAAAAUGCCUCAAAACCACAAAGCAAAGUCUUUUAUCUGAAAAUGAAAGGAGAUUACUACCGUUACUUGGCUGAGGUGGCUACAAAAGAAGAGAGGGAAGAAAUCAUUACAAACUCAAAGGAGGCCUACGAGAAGGCGUUUGAAAUCAGCAAAACCGAUAUAAAGCCCACCCAUCCAAUCCGCCUUGGUCUUGCGCUCAAUUUCUCUGUUUUCUACUACGAAAUCAUGCAGUCACCUCAAGAUGCCUGCCGUCUGGCCAAACAAGCUUUUGAUGAUGCUAUUGCAGAGCUCGAUACACUGAGUGAAGAUUCGUACAAAGACAGUACCCUCAUCAUGCAGUUAUUGAGAGACAACUUGACACUGUGGAACUCUGAUGCAGAAGAUCAAGAAGAAACCAAAAAUUGAGUCAGAUGGGGCAUAGGUGAUCCCCUGUCUGCCUACUAUCAUCCUGGCUCAUCUGUAUCAUGAUCCUCAACACUGAGACCACCUCACUAUCACUGUCCAACUCUUCCCAUCUUUUUCCUAUUUAGGAGUCUCAACACUCAUCUCUCAUCUGUUUACGAUUCCCUUUUUGUAGUAACUGUGCGAAAAGGGCACUGGAAAUAAGGGUAUAGUGUAAUUUGUUUGGUGGGUGGGUCCACAUCCGGGGCUCAAAUGUAUGGGUUGAUUGCCUGUCUGCUGACCCCUUGUGUGUGGUAACAACAUAGCUAUUGUAUUAUUGAGGUGGUGGGGGAGUAGGCACGUUUUCAACUCAUGAAACAUGCAGGUGAAGUUUUUAGGGUCAAAAGGUUAUAUUGUAUGUAUUCAUAAUAAUAGUAUUUUUGUGGUGGUCAAACUUGUGGGUACACAAAGUCACAUGAUGACUUGCCACAUCUGAGCAGACGGUGUCACUUAAUGUUUCAUUUGUAAGAUAAAUGACAUGAGUUGAGGGCAGUGAAGGAAAUGAUGGGGAUUGGUAGAAAGAAGGCAGGGAUUUGUUGGAAUACAAAGGUUACAUUCCAUUUAUUUUCAGUUGCUUAACUUUAUACUCUUUAUUUUGUUCUGUUUUUGGGUGAACUGCUCUUGUAUUUUUGUUUUCACUUUUGAGGUAUAGAAAAUGUUGAACUAAAGAGCACACAACCUUGUUGCUGUUUUGUAUAAUAUGGCAGUAAGAAAAUCCCACAUGUUUAUCUUGUUUCUACCUUUUCAAAUUUUUCUUUCAGAACUUGCCUAAACUGCAUGUUGAUACGUAGUUUCUCGAGAUGCAAGAAGGGUUUUUGUCUUAGGGAUUACCCUAGAGAAUUUUUAUUGGGAGAAAUGUGUAAUUUCAUGUAGGUGAAAUAAACAAAACAAACUUCUGUUGA